GGCUGGGCGGGGUCCCGGCCGUGAAUGAUCCUUCCCGGCAUCCCCCGCGUCACCCCCGCGCCGCCGCCGCCGCCCCGCCGCGGCUCCACCGGCCCCGCCGCCAUGGCCUUCACCUUCGCCGCCUUCUGCUACAUGCUGGCGCUGCUGCUCACCGCCGCCCUCAUCUUCUUCGCCAUCUGGCAUAUUAUAGCAUUUGAUGAACUGAAGACGGAUUACAAGAACCCCAUAGACCAGUGUAAUACACUCAAUCCUCUUGUACUUCCAGAGUACCUCAUCCAUGCAUUCUUCUGUGUUAUGUUUCUCUGUGCAGCAGAGUGGCUUACGCUGGGUCUCAAUAUGCCUUUGUUGGCUUAUCAUAUUUGGAGGUACAUGAGUAGACCCGUGAUGAGCGGCCCUGGUCUGUAUGAUCCUACAACCAUCAUGAAUGCAGAUAUUUUAGCCUAUUGCCAGAAAGAAGGAUGGUGCAAAUUAGCAUUCUACCUUCUAUCAUUUUUUUACUACCUAUAUGGCAUGAUUUAUGUUCUGGUGAGCUCUUAAGAAGACAUUCAGCAAGCUUUGUUCCAAUUAAGUGCAUGCAAAAGCCACAAACCAUGGAUUCUUUACAAGGAGAACCUCCUACCAAGAUUAAAUACGGAAUCUGACGAUCGCAUUUCCAUUAGAAAACAAUGACUCCCCUAUUUUUAAAAUAUUUCCACGCUUUAUAUUUGUGGAAAGACUGUUUUCUUAUAUUUUACCGGGACACUGAAAUCAAAGAAUUACAUGUAAAUUACCAUAAAGAUUACCGGGUUUUGAAAAGUUUUGACUUUGCACUCUGUAAGGAACAGCCGUAAUCUUCGAGUAGGCGUGGGGGUACCGAGUAGCCGUAGGGCUGUAGGAUUUUCUUUAGGCUGGGCUUCCUAGUGGCUCAUUUGGACUUGCCUUUCCCCCCCUGUCCAUCAGCUGCAGCUGGAGGUGCUGCGUGUCUCACCUGUAGGCAACCUCGGUCUUAAGAGAUGAACUCGUGGAUGCAAUCGCAAAAAUAGGAGCUCUGUUUCGGUUUAUUUUAUUAUUAUUAUUUUUUUUUUCUAUCUGGUUUGUCUUUCCCUGUAUAUGCAUGGUUCAGAUUUCUGUAUUUUCACCGAACGUUAGCCUUGCUUUAACCUCGAGCAUAUGUCGUUGUGAUGGGAGAAGUCAAAUUGUCCAUGAAGGGAUGAAUUUAAAUGAUGAUGUUGUAUUAUUUUUUUUUUUUAAGCCUGUGCUGUCUUAUUAACAAAUGGACAAACCUACUACAUUUAUCAAGUCCAAUGAUGGAAAUAUUCUUGGGUUUAAGAGUAAUGCUACAGACCUUUUGAAAGCAGAAAGUGAGAUUGUGAAACUGCCCUGCUGUUCCUUAGUGCAAUAAACAAUAAAAACAAACAAAAAAAAUAUCCCAAAUUCAGAAACACUUAUUUUUACCUGGUGCCUUGUUUUGUUUUUAAAUUGAACUGAUACUUGCUGUAUUCAUCUGUUCGUUUCAUGAUGGAUAAUUGCGUUACCUUUUAAAAAUAGAAUGCUCAAUCGAGUUAUGUCUGGAAAAGGGAAGCUCUGAUUUCCUGCUUUUUCUCCUGAGUCUGCAGCCAAACAGGAGAUGGGGCAGGGGAAGAUGUUUCAGCUUGAAUGAUAAUUCCGCGUUGUAAAUUGUUACUGCAACAGCUGCUUAAUUUAGGAGGAAUAAUUAGGAAUCUUUUUUUUCAUUUGCCUGUGCUGGAGAAUAAUGAAUAGUUUCCUGGUUCUAGUAAAAUGGUUUUAUAUAAA